AUCUCCGCGUUUUCUUCUUCUUCUUCUUCCUCUUCUUCUUCUCGAGUCUCGACUCUGCUUUGCUUUAUCCCACUGAGAAUUUUGAAUUUCAUUCAUUCAUAUCCCAAAGUUUUCUCUUUUUGGAGAUAAAUCAGGAAAAGUGUUAAACCCCCGAUCAGUAUAAUCUCCGUUGUUGAUUUCUGACUAAGGGUUUUUCCGAUUUCAGUUUAUGAUCUGAGUCCGGGACUCUCUCUGUGUGUUGCUUUCUCAUUGCGUUUUUCGAUUCUUCUUCCUCUUUCAAGAUUCGGAUUUAGGGUUUUUCUCUGCUUUAAGCUUCAAUCCUUUUGUCCACUUGACACCUCCCGGAGAAUUCAGGAGGCUAUUAGCUCUUUUCCAGAUCUUGCUUAGCUCUUGUACAGAAUGGCGGAUUUGCUUCCCAUUUACCUCAUUAUUGUGGCGUUUCUAUGCACUGUCGUAGCCAUUGCUUUGGCCUUAUUCCAUAUCUACAAGCACCUUUUGAAUUAUACGGAACCCAUUUAUCAGAGAUAUAUCGUGCGCAUCGUCUUCAUGGUCCCGGUCUAUGCCUUGAUGUCAUUCUUGGCUCUUGUGUUGCCCAAGAGCUCGAUAUAUUUUAACUCUAUCCGAGAAGUUUACGAAGCAUGGGUGAUUUACAAUUUUCUAUCGCUGUGUUUGGCAUGGGUUGGAGGCCCAGGUUCAGUAGUUAUAAGCUUAACUGGCCGCUCUUUGAAGCCAUCAUGGCAUCUCAUGACAUGUUGCUUCCCACCACUGCCAUUAGACGGGCGUUUUAUUCGACGGUGCAAGCAAGGUUGUCUGCAAUUUGUUAUUCUAAAGCCAAUCCUAGUUGCUGUAACACUUGUGCUUUAUGCAAAAGGAAAAUACAAGGAUGGAAAUUUCAGCCCUGAUCAAUCCUAUCUCUAUCUUACCAUCAUCUAUACAAUAUCAUACACAGUAGCUUUGUACGCACUGGUCCUCUUUUAUGUGGCAUGCAAAGAUCUGCUUCAGCCAUUCAAUCCAGUCCCAAAGUUUGUGAUUAUAAAGUCUGUUGUCUUUCUAACUUAUUGGCAGGGUGUUCUAGUUUUCCUUUUUGCUAAAUCUGGAUUUAUAAGAGAUGAAGAAGAAGCAGCACUCUUCCAAAAUUUUAUAAUAUGUGUGGAGAUGCUUAUUGCCGCAGCUGCUCAUUUCUAUGCAUUUCCGUACAAGGAAUAUGCAGAGGCCAAUGUUGGAGGAGCUCGAAGUUUCUCAAGAAGUCUGGCACAUGCUGUAAUGCUAAAUGAUUUCUACCAUGAUACUGUUCACCAGUUUGCCCCGACAUAUCACGAUUAUGUGCUCUAUAAUCAUAAUGAUGGUGGUGAGGAAGGGACAAGGAAGUACCGGGCACGAACAUUUGUGCCAACUGGUCAGGAAAUGGAUGCUGUUAGAAAGAACAAACAUAUGUUUGGAAACAAGAUAGAUGGUGUUUCGGUCUCUAGUCAAUCUUCAGAAUCAAGCACACCCAAAACCUCUGGUGUAAGUUGUGAUCAUGCACGCCCUGAAACCAUGAAAUCUUCUUUGCUUGUGGAUGCCUCGGACUCAGUUUCCACAAUGUAUGACAUGUCCCUCAUUGACAUUGAUAUAUCGAGCUACCCAAGCAAGGUACCUUCUGCAAAUAUAAGUGGAGGACCUAAAUAGUGGGUUAAAUUGAUGUAGAAUCCACCAUUAACAGUAACAAAAGUGUUAGAUUUAGGAGUUUCUCAAGUGUGUUGUUAAGCAGGAAGAUUUUAGUUGGAGAUGGAGGUAUAAGUGUGAUUUUUUUUAAUCUUGUAUGUGUUCCCUUGUUGUUCUUAUGAUUCUUCCACUGGUAAUUUACUUUGCACAGCCUGUUUCUUCUUAUUGCUUGUUCCACGAUAUUUGGUUUGUAGAUAUUAAUUAAAUGUAUGGGAUAUUGGUUACACAAUCUCAAAAAAGUUGUGAAUCAUUUGGUGUGGAAUUAGAAAAGAGUUAGAUGGAGUUUGGAACUA